AUGGGAAGCGCCGCCGACGCUCGACCGGGUUUGAGCCUGACUAAGGCGAACUAGUGACCAACUCCGCCCACUGGGCGGGGGCCGUGUCUCGUCCUGGCACCGCCGGUUGAGUUUGUUUCUCCCUUCCAAUUCCAAUAAAUGAAUCUUAACCCACCGCUCCUGGCUGGCUCAGGCUCCUUGCUGGUAAAGGAGUUGUUUCCGUCAUCAACGGGGGCCGUCUUUCUCUUUCUUCGAUCCAUCCCCUACCGUUGCCCGGCCCUGUUUCGAACCAAGUCCCUUUCUCCGUCAUCGCUUACUUCUCGUAUCGCCGCCACUAGGAGCUAGCUGCGCUCUCUGUCGAUGACACCGGCAACCUGCUUGGAACCAUAGCCUUGCAUCCUUCUGUGAUUCUGGAAGCAGGCGGUUUUGAUUGCCUCGUGGCUACCAUGACCGUGUCGCGCCUUUCGAUGGCCAUGGCAACCGCCGUCGUCGCUGUGUUCGUCGGCGGCGUCUCCGCCGGCGACCUCGGUUCGACCUCAACCAUCCUCGCGACGCCAUCCCCUUCGCCAUCGCCAUCCGCACAGUCCAUCCCCUAUCCGCUGGCGGGUCCAGACCCCUCGGGGGAUGCAGACGACACCGGAGAGUGUAGGCUUCUGGGACCCUUUUCCCUCCUCGUCCAAGCCGCGCUCGGGGGGCUGGCACUCUUGUCUUUGGUCUACAAGCGUUGGAAGGAACGACCGCAGCGACCUCUGAAGAUCUGGGCCUUCGAUGUCUCGAAACAGGUCUUUGGGUCGGCAAUGCUCCAUCUCGCAAACUUACUCAUGUCCAUGUUUUCCGCCGGUCAGCUAGAAAUCACCAGCGACUACAAGCCGAAUCCCUGUUCUUUCUACUUGUUGAAUCUGGGCAUCGACACCACCCUCGGUAUUCCGAUUUUGAUCUUCAUCCUCCAUGUACUAAAUCGGUUGGCCUCGUAUACUCCACUUGCCAACCCCCCGGAGUCUAUCCAAUCGGGAAACUAUGGCCGCCCUCCCCGUGCAACUUGGUGGUUCAAGCAGUCCAUCAUAUAUUUCAUUGGACUGCUGGGAAUGAAAAUCUGUGUCUUUUUCCUCAUCCAGUUACUGCCGUUCAUCGUCAAAGUCGGCGACUGGGCCUUGCGAUGGACAGAGGGAAACGCGGCCGUGCAAAUUUUCUUCGUCAUGCUCCUCUUCCCCGUUUGCAUGAACGCGAUUCAGUAUUACAUCAUCGACACGUUCAUCAAGAAGCCAUCGCAUGAGCUGCUGGAGGAAGAGGACGACCAUGGGGACGAUUCAGACGAAGACCACGACCACCGCCACGCGCUUUUGUCAGGUCUCGAGGAUGAUGGAACGUUGGUGUCCGAAGAUGAUGCUGCGGAGCGAGGGCCCGCCAAAGGUCUGGACAGCCCGUCGCGAACGAAAGAAGCUCUAUCCAAUUUCGACGCUGCCGAUUACCCCCCAACGGUUCGAGGCGAAAGCAGCUCUGCCUCGACUGCUUCAACCGGUUCAAGCAGCAGCCAUGGCGAAUAUGAUCUGAUGUCAUCAUCUACGAAACUCACGGUACAGCAAAAGACCCCAUGACGAGGGAAGGAUUGAUGGUUAUGCUCUGCGGUGUUAUGUGUUGGAGUUGGAUUCCCGGCAACGAUUUGGUAUCUUUCUACGGAGCUAUUGUUUAGUUUUUGAGUAUUUUAUCUUGAUUUUCUACCCAUAUGCAUACAUAUAUUGGAUUUUGUUUUCGUUGUAUCCGUUGAAGCAGAACAGAUACGCCGUCAUAGAGUCUGUACAGAAUCCCAAGCCUCUUUUUCU